GAGCCAGCAAAAUGCAAUUCUGACAAGGACUGCUUACAGGGGCAAGCUAAAUGCAUUAGAAGAGAAUGUCACUGCGUCAACAAUCUUGGAUUUGGGGAUGGAAAAACUAAAUGUGAAGGUAAGUUUUAUUCAUCUAUUCACAACAAAUCUGGGGCAAAAGUAUGCAGCUCACUGUCAUUUUAGCACACCUGGAAAAAAGAUGACAUUUUUUUCCUCAUGAAUUUUUUUUCUCGUGCACAUCCAUCAUGGAAGAGGAUUGCUAGCUCUGCCUUAGUGGUUAAGAGGGUACAACCGGUUUCGCUACUAGUCGAAUUCGCUUCGCCCAAGUUCGCAACAAAUUUGAAUACUUUCUGUAAACCAUUGAAAACAUUCCCUUGAUCGCUGUACAAAAAAAUCUUCUGAUAUAUUUAAUAAUAGUAAUAAUAAUAUAGAUUCUUAUUAAGUGCAUUUCUAUCCUCAAUGCGCUUUACAUUAUGAAGGCCGAUUGAAGAUCAUUACAUUUCUAGCCUAUUGUGACAUUAUACACCAAGUAUUGUAAAACUUUAAAAUCCUAAUUGUAAAACUUAAAAAUCCUAAAACGUUAAGCAUGAAAAUCAAUUGUAACAUUAUACAUCAAGUAUUGCAAAACUUUUAUAAAAAAUCCUAAAAUGUUAUAAUGUUUGUAAAAACUUUAAAACCAACUUGUAAAACUUAAAAAUCCUAAAAUGUAAGGCAUGAAAAUCAAUAAUCAAGUAUUGUAAAACUUUUAAAAAAAACCUAAAAUGUUAAGCAUGAGAAUCAAUUGAAACAUUUCCUGAAUAGAUAUGUUUUAAGUUUUGUUUUAAAUGUUGUAACGCUGUCCGCAUUUUUGAUAUUUAUUGUUCUUCUAAGCUUGCCCCUCCGAGGGAGUAAGUUUUGGACUUAGCCAAUAGGCAGCGAGACGAAUAUGUAGGUAGCGAACUCGAACGUAGCGAAUUUGACAGGUCAGCGAAACCGCUGUAAAACGUUAAGAGAGUUCACAUGCACAGCUCAAUCCCGUAAUCCCGACUCAAAUUUUCCCUCAAUCCCGUAAACCCGAUGGUUAUUUUCGACAUCGUACAUCCCUUGCAUACUUUCAAUCCCGAAUCUGGACCCCAUUUUACUUAAAAUCCCGAAUCCUGGACUUAAGGUGAGGCUAAUCCCGGAUCAAGAAAAACCUAUUGUGACCCUCUGCUCAGACCAUUGCAGAGGGCGAAUAGACAUAAUAGGAAUUCGUUUUUCGGCUCUGAUUCAAAGAAAAAUACACAAUCACAUGUAGCUCGCCCACAUGAAAACGCUAAAACGAUGGAAUAGCUUCCCUUACAGAGCAUGCGCAAACUGCUCUAGUAGUAUGUAUAACAUCAUCGCAUUCGAAAUCGUUUUCGUCCGUCCACACCUAAAAGAGAAGCCGGCGUUAAAAAAGAAAAAAACUUCACUCUAAGGACCACAGAAGACUGAAACGGAUGGAAGAAAACUCCCCGUUUUCGAAACUAUCCCGAAACGUGUGGAAAGUUUUAGGUAAAGCCUCCUUAUAACCACGGAAGGUUUUAGGUUGGAUGAACACUUUAUUUUCCUUUAUGGCUUAGCAUUCAAUAACUUGCGAUAUAAGUUACAAUUCUAGUGAAGCAGUUUCGCCUCAAGGGGUUGAUUUGCCCACAGGAGGCCUGUCAGUAAAUUAGUCUUUUACUUGACUGCCCAUUAGUCCCUUGGACACUAGCCUCAAAUUCAACUCGAAGUUUCUUUUUCACAGCAUGGAAGACGUGUCCCUAUGAAAAAGACCCCUGUUCUUCAAGUGGACAUGAAGCAGCGAAAAAUUCUCACUGUGUGAGGAAACCAGGAAAGCUAACGUUGUCCUGUAGGUGUGAUAGAGGAUAUUUUGGAAGACCAGUAUUACCAUCAUGUCUGAAGGAUGACGGAGGUAAAAUAACCUCUCUAACGUGUUAACCAUGGUUUGAUAAUAUUUUUUCCAGGAGCUGAUCAUGCAACAGCAUUUUUGCGUUUGCCUCUCGUCUGUUCAUUGACGCAAUCAUUCAUUCGUUCAUUCGACGAUCGUUCGUCGCUCGUUCGUGCGUCCGUGUGUUCGUUCGUUCAUUCAUUCGUAUUUCCAUUCAUUUUUUAUCCAUCCAUCCAUCCAUUCGUUCGUUCGUUCGUUUGUUCAUUCAUUCAUUUUUUGAUUUGUUCGUUCGUUGGUUCGUUCAUUUAUCGUUCAAAGAACUAGCCAUAAUGUUGUACCUGAAUUAAUCAAUCAGUCAAGUAGUCAAAUAAUUGCACAGUCAACAGAUGAUCAGAAUAAAACAAAAGUAAAUCGUUUAUUCACUGAAUGUGUUCGUUUGUAUCAAGUGUUAACUUGUUAUGUCAUUUGUUUGUACACCCAACCAACCGAUCUCUAUGUACAUAAAAAAAACUGACCUUAUAGAGGUAAACCAGAUCUAGACCAGUAGUUUCCAUGGUGGCCCACACGGUUAAAAAUCCCAAUUGGUCGUCUUCAAACCAGUUGGCUGUUCCCAAUUACAAUUCUAGCGCUCUAACGCUCGGCCACUCUGCCUCACAUGUAUGUAUUUAAUCUUGUACAAAAGGAGUCGUCGCUAAAGGUACGGUAAAACGGGCAACAAAAAACAUGCAACUCGUUUUGCAAUACUGCAGCUGCAAAACGAGUUGAAUAGCGAUGUUUCGCGUUUUACCAUCCACGAAUCAAACCUGUCUUGCAACAAAUUAAGUUUUUAAAAGCUUAGAACGAGGGUAAUAAAAAGCGCAACAUCGCUUUACAACUCGUUGUACGGCAAUGUUGCAAGACAAGUUGCAUUUGUUUUGCCCCCCGUUUUACUGAAGCUUAACCUAGUUUAAUUUCGUUUCAUUUGUCCUUGUCUUGACAGCCGAUGCGCAUGGAAGAUAUCCUUGCUUGACUGACAAUAACUGUCCACAUUAUUCCAAGUGCAUUAAAAACAGGUGCACGUGCCGCUAUGAGCUGAUUGGAAACGGAGAAACAUGCAAAGCUCGUAAGUAUGCCAUACUGCUAGAUAUCUUAAAGCUAUGUUCAUUGUAUACCGUAUAGCUAUUGCGCAGGCACGCACACCGUAAUUUUUAGGGAGUUAUUAUAACUCCAAAAAUGGAGUAAAAAUUUUAGGUACAGGAUAACCCCUUUUUUGGGGUUAUUUUAACUCCUAAUUUAACUCCGAAUUUGGGGUCAUUUUUACUCCUGAAAAAGAGUUCUUUUUACUCCCCGUCUGGAGUUAAAAUUACUCCGAAAUGGGGUUACUUGUACUCCUUACAGGGGUUGUUUUUACUCUUUUUGGAGUUAAUUUAACUCUGAAAGUGGAGUAAAAAUUUUAGGUACAGGAUAACUCCUUUUUUGGGGUUAUUUUAACUCCUCAAUAUCUGGGGUCACUUUUACUCCUGAAAAAGAGUUCUUUAAACUCCUUUUUUUUUUUUAACUCCAAGAAAAAAUAACUCCACUGUAAGAAGUUAAAUUAGCCCACUAGAGGAGUUAUUAUAAUUCCCUGAAAAUUACAGUGCAAACCAUACCGGAUAGAGCUUCUGUUCACUCACAAGGACGCUGAUUUCGGCGCGAUUUCUGUAACGGAGCGAAGCUGCGCCCCGCCUAGCGUUAAAUUGGAGAGUCACACUAGCUUCUGUGCCAUACUUUGGUGCAGGGUAUUAUCCACUGAGACGAAGUAAAUAUUCAGGAGCGAGGACUGGGAUGUAGUUCACCAAACCCUUCUCGGCCAACCGCUAGCCCUGGCUUGAUGUUCAUUGUUUGUCAACCGACUUGUCCCAGUUCCUUGCCGUUGCUGUUCAUACUAUAUCGGAUAACUUUUUAUGUCAGCACCACGAAAAGAUAUCCAUUAUAGUUCGAACAUAUAUAGCCAGGGCAUAUAUUUAUUACGCAGCUUCAGGAGCCUACGGGCUCCUGGCAGCCUGUGUCUACUGUAGCAGCUGAGGAACGCUGGUUAUUUCACGGUGUGGUCAGAAUUUCAACCCGAUAUCACCCUAAUGGAAGAACUGCCCUCCUUUUAGAAAUUUAGGGGGCGUUGCGUGAGAUUUUGAAGGUGUAUGCACUGGAAGAGGAGUGUGAGCGUUGAAGGCGCUCCAAACAAGCGGGGUCUAUGGGUAUGCUCCCCGCGAAAACUUCUAACUUUACGGUCACGGAAAUGCCAUUUCCUGCGUUUUCCACAGGACAUCUUCAGAAAAUAAAUACCAAGGAAAAUGCUGUAAGGGGGCAGGGAAGAGUUUUUUUUUACCACACUAUAUAUAACGUUUCUUGCAGUGUGUUUAUGGAUUAAUUAUUAAAAGGAUAAAGGAAAAAAGAACACAAAGAUACCAAUAUAAUGCGAAAAAUUCUCAGGCAUUACGACUAAGUGAUAAAAAUACUUAAAGGAAAUAAAAUUAAUUACGCACAGACUUAUCUGCUUAUAUGGACGGUACGCAUCUAUCUGAAAUUGAAAGUUCGUUUACAAGAUAUGUCAUGAAUCAUGAUUAUCCCUGAAUCAAAAGCCAUAAUGGUCCCAUCAUGGUUCUUAUCACAAUGAGGGAAUGCCAUUUAAGCCAAUGCAAUAUCUUGCUCCUUGUAAAAUAUUACGGAUUUCGGAAAACGAGAAACUUUUGCUUGUAAAAUUCGGAAUCCUGCGCUUUGGAAUACGUAAUUCAGCUCAAGGAAUCCGGAAUUCCGCUACACUUGGGAUCUGGAAUCUAAGUUGUAUUGACAGCAGGAAUCUGGAAUCCAAGUUGUAUUGACUGCAGGAAUCUGGAAUCCAGGAUCUGGAAUCCAGAAUCCAAGCCUGAGAAAGCAGACGACAUUUCGCGACGCCACCACUGGUUUCCCAGUGAAAUGACGUCUGAGAAAAGAGCACAGAAAUUCCAUACUGAUGACCCGUCACUACCAAGAUCUGGGUAGUGCUUCUGAUUGGUUAAAGAAAAUUUUACGAGCGGCGCGACCAAUCAGAAGCGCUACCCAGAUCUGGGUAAUAACGCGUCGUCAUUAUCGAAUUUGUGCUCUCGUUUCUCAGACAUCAUUUCGAGGGGAAAUCAGUGGCAGCGUCGCCAAACGUCGGCUAAUUUCUCAGGCUACCAGAAUCCAAGACUGUCUUGGAUGAACUCACUUGGAACGAAACAUCUGGCCAUCAGUUAUACAUACUUAAACUGGCAAUCAUGUUAAAAAUGAUCAUGUAGAUGACAAUGAGUCACUUUCAAUUUGUUAUAUAUCUGAAUUGUUUAGCGCCGCCAAUGUCCUGCACCAAAGACGAUGAUUGCCAUGCUGAUAAAGGAAAAUGCGUCGCUGGAAUGUGUUACUGUGAUGGAUUCUAUGUUGGAAAUGGCGUGCAGUGCAGAGGUGAGAACUGAAUAGAAUCUUUACGAGGUGAAAUGUUGGUAUCUAUUGAUUUGGGUAAUAAGAUGUUAACUUGCUUACGUUCUUUUGCUUUCAUAACAGACGCCAAGCGCUGCCCAAAGGAUGUCAAAUGUGGAGCUCACUCGACCUGCAUGGUAGAUCCCCUGUUUCCAAAAACUCCGACCUGUAAGUGUGACGCGGGAUAUAGAAAAAACAUGAACGGAAAAUGCGUAGGUGAGUUGAUAAAAGAAAAAAAUAAGAGGGAGAAGGGGAAUAUGCAGCUUGGAAAUCCAAUCAGGGGUCCCUCCCCCCACUCUAUCCCUGAUCAUACCUAUACCGCUCACUGCCCCAAUUUUGCUCCGCAUUUUACAUGAAUAAAAUACGGACUGCUUGGGACGGUGUCUUGCCAGAGUGAAAGGGUUUAGCACCACAAGAUAGGUUUACACGUGCGGAUCUUUGUAAAAAUAUUAUGUGCUCAUUUUAACUUGGAGUUGGAGAAAAGAACAAGCUUACCCUACCUUCCCCCUAUCAGUUCUUCCGAGACAAUGCAUUACGAUGUUAACCUUUGAAUUUGACCGUUUUUUUUAUCAGAAUGCAUAAAUAGCACACACUGCAAUCACGUGCAAGAAACUUGCUAUAAGGGAAUUUGCAAGUGCAAAGAUGAGCUGAUAAAGGACGAGAAAACAUGCAAACCAGGUGAGAACUUUUCCCGCAUCGAUCAGAUUAUAACUAGCUGAUUCGCAUCAUGUUUCAUUACUGGUACACCUUACAGGGUUUUUGGCUAUGAUCGUAAACUCCCUUCACUUCUAUCAGUCUCUUUCGGGAACAAGGGGAAGAAGGAAAAAUAAAGAAUAACAACAUCUGAUCGCAAGUUACACUGUUGCUGUGGCUUACGUGAAUGUAGCCUACGAGCAAGCUGGGGAUAUCCUAGACUUUCAAAAAGUCCAUCGUCUGAUUUAAUAUGUUUAUUGCAGUGCAUGAUCAGAGUAACCGCUGUGUCAAAUAAAAAAAUGUAAGAUAAAAUUUAGAAAGGGACGCAAAGGAUUGCAUGUAUUGUUGAGAAUCAUAUAAUAUCAAGGAAUUCCUCAGUAACUAACUACCGUAUAGUGUCAGUGUCAGAUGGUUUUUAAUAUUAUCAACGCUUUUACAGCUCCUUUACACGGAUGUAAGAAAGACAUGGACUGUGAUUCUCGGGCAAAAUGCAAUGACGGUAAAUGCAUCUGUCAAGGAAAUACAACAGGAAAUGGAAAGUUCUGUAGAGGUACGUAAUUCACCAUGGAAAGACUGUGUUCUAGCUUUUAGUGGUACUUACUGCAACAUAUUACUGAGUUCAUGUAGCGGGUCACCAGCGUUACUGAGUUAUGAUUAGUUAUUAGUACUCGCUCAACAUUGUUACCGAAACUUUCCCAGAAAUCUCAACUCAAAGGCUCUGUCUGCACUAAUAAAUGCGUUUUCAAAGUGUGAGUUUUCUUUGUCAUCGAAAACGCAUCGAUCGAUUCUCGCUCAAAAUACCCUUUUGAUACGUUUUCCACAACCCACAAUAGAACGUUCGAAAAUGAUCGAACCACAAUGCGCAUGCUAUAACACACGCGCUUGUGAUAUUUUCAUUUUGCUUUGUUGCUUUUUCGACCGUCCACGCUAAUAAGAUUUGUAUGCGUUUUCGUUUUGAUCCACUCUCAAGGGCGUUUUUCAAAUCGAUGCGUUUUCGUUGAAAACGCUUUGCGUUUUAGUGUGGACGAAAGGCUUAAACGCACUGAAAUGUAUUAGCCUGCGAAAACAGCCUUUUCAGUGGCGAAGAGGGAGGAGAAACGGCUGUUUUCGCAGGCUAAAAUGUAUUCGUUCAAGAGAGAAUAAAGCUCAAGAGCUUUAUCCUCUGUUGAUGCGUUUUCAAACGAAAACGCAUUAGUGUGGACCGGACCUAAAAGCUUUCGUUCUCCAUUUCUCACCUAAUCCUUCGAUAAAGAAACGCAUACAACACAGUAGGAUCAUGAUAAUAACACCUCCCCCCCUACUUAAAAGCCUAAAAAAUUUCUUUAAAAUUUCAGAGACAAUUACAUGUCCUCAAGGAUUUCAGUGUGGCAUUCGCGGUACGUGCAUUGUUGAUCCUCUGCUUCCAAAAUCUGAUCCUAAGUGCAGAUGCGAGAAAGAUUACAGCUACAUGAAAGAUGGAAAGUGUGUUGGUAAGUUUGAACGUUUUUAUGUAACUCUUAUUCCCUCCCAUGCAAAAACGCUCCUGGGCUGUUACGAUUUUAACCUCAGUUGUCUUAGCAGAUCACAAAUUAAUGUCUUGACCUUCUCGCUAAAGAGAUUUUUCUGUAUUUAAUUAGUCGCUAUCCCUGCCGACCUAUUUUUAUCUCAUUUUUCAAUACCACUAGCUGCCUUAUUACGUUAAAAUGCAUCCCUUACCAUCUCUCAACACUUUGUAAGAAGGGUACGGCUCGUAACCUUAAAUUCCUCUCCAUUUAAUUAGGGUCUGGAGAUUUGUAUUUUGGUGAAAACAGGUAACGUCAGGCUUAUUAUUAUGUUUGGUCAACUAAUUUGUCUCUGACUAUUCAACAGAGUGCCUCAGCGAUAAGAAUUGUCCAAAAUAUUCCACAUGUGAUCGUGCACGUGGACUCUGCAAGUGCAAGGAUGAGCUAAUAAAACAAGGAAAAACUUGCAAGCCAGGUUAGGAAGAUUAGGUUUUGUUUAACAUCGUUAUCACUUAUAAUAUUAGACAAGGGAAGCGAAAAAUAAACAAUUUUCGUCGACCAUGUUAAUUUUCAUCCCUUUUGCAUUCGAAUAGUUUCACAUCUGGUUUGUCCCAAGAUGCAAACUUUCCUUUUUCUGCCCGCCCCUCCCUCUUCCCCUCGCCCAGCCCUCCUUUCUCACUUUUUCAAUUGCUUUCAUAAUGGUGGCCACGAUCUGUGAACCUCUACGUCGCACUUUCAUUAAAAACGCCUACUCUUCAAGCUACUUCUAGAUAUUAAAAACACCCAAACGAUAUACUAAACUAGCGGGCAUGGGAUCGAGCUGAAAACGUGCUUGAAGAGGCACGGGGUAAUGGGAAGGCACAAGAGGAACUAUCACCCCUCACGUUCCACUACCACGCGAACAAUGAAGUGGACUGGGGAAAAUCAAUCAAUCAAUCAAUCAAUCCAUUAAAUCUCUUUAAACCACGUAACACCUAGGAGCUCAUAAGUGCUCGUAAACGUGUACGUGUAAAAAGAAUAAAUAUAAAAGAAUAAAACCAAUCAAUAAAAACCAGUCAAGUAAUAACGAGCAAUCUAAAGUAAUGUGCUAAAAAUGAUAUUUACAAGUAAUAUUUACAGACAAAAUUUAAAAUCCUUAUAAAAAUUUAAACGCUUUUAGACAUGAACGCUUCAAGAGAUCGCUUAAAUUAAAGUUCUAAUAUUUUUGGAUUCUCUUGUCACUGGCGGUAAACUAUUCCACGGUUUUUCUAGCUGAAAAAAGUAAAAUAUUUAUGCAUACAUUCUGAUGUAAGUGAGCGACGAGUUAACUUUUCGACAACAGGGGACAAUCAUCUAUCCCAGCCCUUAUUUAAUCUAUUCUUCCCUAGGUCCCUCCCUGCGCAUGAUUAAAAGUAAAAUAAGUUUUUAUUACUUUCCAAGCACCAUUUCAUCUGUGUGACGAAGAGCACAAAUGCCACGAGCAAGCAGAAUGCUUUUAUGGAAAAUGUUACUGUAAAAGAAACCUUACUGGGAAUGGACGAUUCUGCAGAGGUAAGAAUAUUAAACAUCCUCAAAUGAUUUACAACCGAUGUUAACCUAGAUUUACAUAACUCUAUGGGCUGAAAGUUAACAAAGAAACAACUGUUUGUUGAGGAGAGCCAUGUGGGAUCGAUCUUUCCCUUAACACAUGCAUGUGCAGCCACCAUACCAAGAGAGAAACUUUGUGAAAUGGGCGGGGUCCACCGGGAUGUUCGUUCUCUUAUCUAGGGGUGUAAACUGCUGAUUUUGGUAUCUAGUAAGGUGUUCAAGAGGCAACGCCAACUUUAUUUUCCAUACAGGUAUUGUUAAAGGAUGCCCGUGAAGAAAUAGAGGCAGAAACCAGCGGGAAAGAAUAAAAACGUUCCUGCCUUAUGCUCUUGAGAAAAACCAAGAACAAGCCCACAACAAGUCUUUUUAUUCAAAAUUUCCCAAACGCAGAUUUGAAUGCCGAUGGAAACGUUCUUAUUAAUUUUCUCUCUGAACUAUCCAACCACGUACUUGCUUGUAUAUAAAUUUAUGAUCUCAAAAUAUUAACUGCUAUAAGAUGUUAUUGCACAAAAUAAUGUCAGCAUUAUUGUCGUCCGUGCUUGCUCGUUGAAUAAAACAAUCGCUUUAAUUUUUCCACAGAUUCUCUACAAUGCCCCAACUAUUAUCAGUGCAGUAACAAUUCUAUCUGUGUUGUCGAUCCUCUCUUUCCUAAAACUCCAGUUUGCAAAUGUUUAAAGGGCUAUAAAAUGUCUUCUGAAGGAAAAUGUGAAGGUAUGUUAUAAUUAAUCAUGACACAAUGGAUAGAUCUUCCAGCUUGUUCGAGACCUUCUCCCUCACAGUUACACCGAUUUAAUUCUAGUUUGUUGAGCAGGUAAAUUUGUCCCUGCGAUCUAAAAUGACCAAACUGAGAUAUAUUUUUGUCCACUAAGGAGACUGCAGCCACGGUUUUAUAUUAACUAAAGGCUGUGCCUGUUCCAGGAUUUCAGAUGGUAGAGCGUGGAGUUUAGAUGGAGGGGCGAGUUAAGUCGUAUGCGGGAAAACCCGGGAAAAACGAGGGGAAUGCUGAGAUAGAAAUACAGAAAUUAGCAUAGGACACGUUAAAAAUUCAUGAUAGCAGGCCCCUGUGAUAGAUAACUUCGACAGGUAUUAAACCUAGAUGGAAUGGAACGGAAGAGUAAUACCCCUGGUUCCUUUAAAAUUUUGUGGAGUUAAUAUUAAACUCAACCGAAUUUCUUUUUAAUUCUACAGAAAUAAGCGAAUGUUUCAAGAAAGGACUGUUGUGCCCGAAUAAGACUACGUGUACUAAAACUGGAAAUGAAUCAUACGACUGUGUCUGCAACAAAGGUUUUCAUAUGGUUCACGGUCUAAACUACACUUGUGAAGGUGAGACUAUAAUGACCUUUACGGAGAGGCUCAGCAAGAAAGGGGUACCUUUUUCAGGCUUUGGGUCAGUAUCAAAGGAUAGGGAAUUCACGAGUUGAAGUGUAUGGAUGGGUAGGAUAAUCUAUGCUUAAGUACGUAUUGAAAAUAUUAAGGGGUAAGGGUUGGGACCUCGGGGCGGAGCCUCUCCGUGUAAAACUCUGUUGAGCACCUUCCCCUCCGGGGAAUACUGAGAGAAAACGACGAAAAGGAAAGUUGCGGAAAGUUGCCGUUCAGUGAGUAGAUGUAGAAUUACGUAAAUCUAAACCGCGAUCAGGGGUUUUAGUCUAGUCACCUUGUAUUUCUCUUUGCCAAUCUAUCAAAAGUACCUUUAGCAUAUGCGUUGAAGUAAGACUUUUGACAAGCCUCGUUUCCAUGCUGUAUGUGUAUUAAACAAGGGACUCGGAAAGGUCUCCGAUCCCCUCAAUUAAUCCCGUUUUUAAGCGACUUCCCUGCUGGGACUUUUUGGGACUUUUGAAUGUUAUUAAGAACAUUUCUCUCAGUCUAGAACAGUUGGAAUAUCUUCUGUCGCAAUUAUAGUUCUAGGUUCACCUACUUUUUUUCCACAAAAUGACUGGACUAUUUGAAAGUUUCGCUCGUAUAUGUUAUGAUUAGGAUGUGUCAAUUGUUAUACACAGACAUUGAUGAAUGCAAGCAUGCCAAUACUUGCCUGGCGAAUUCCCACUGUAAUAACACAGAAGGCAGCUAUGAAUGCAUUUGCAAAACUGGAUUUAAAAAAAGCAAGACUGGCAAAUGCGUCGGUAAGUAUCCCACUAUGUAGCCUGCGAGCAAGCUCUCCUGUUUGGGCGGGCGAAGCGAGCCUCGCGAGAACGCGCGAGCGAGGGGCCUCUGCUUCGCUCGCCCAAAUAGGAGAGCUUGCUCGCAGGCUACCCACUGUGUUCUCGUUGAUGCUGUACUGUCACGUUGUGGUGUUCAAUGACUGACAGAUUGUCUGGAAGUAAAUGGGAGACGCUUUUUCUUGUGCGAGGAGUGAGGAGGGCGAGAAACAUAAGCGUGACACACGCCUUCACUCGUUGCGCGUGUCUCGCGCUCCACGCCCGCUUCGUUCUUCGUUCGUUUGAAAAACCGCGUGAUCAAAGUAAUAGUGCCUGUUCUGAAGGCUGGUACCCAGCUUCCUCAGGAAUCGUUAGGCAUUGCGAAGCCGAAUGAGGCCAACACUGUGCGGUGUCAACCUCGUUCCCACGGAGUGUAAAGAGAGUAGAAACGUGGGAAAGAGUUGAGUCAGUUGAGUAUAGUGACUAAUUUUAAGCAAAAUAAGAAAGAAGAAAUCGGAAUUAGCGAGCAUGGAGAAGAGUAUCUGGCGACCAUGCGCGUCCGCAUUGCUCUGUAUUGACCUAAAAAAAAAUCAACCCUAGCCAAAUAGGAAAAACAGCAACAACUAUAAAACAAAAUACAAAGUAGUAAAAACUAUGAAAUUAGCAUGUUGUCUGAGCGAAUGAUAUCACUCAAAUAUUUCAGAAAAUUGCAAUUGUACAAGUCACGCGGAUUGCCAUCACGGAAAGUGCCAAUGUGCUAAAGGAUACGAAAUGAAUGAAGAAGGGCAUUGUGUACAAGGUAAGUAAAAACUAAAAUAUUAUUACAGCUGUUUCGGAUCUGAACACGCGACCUGCGAUGUCAAAAGCGCCCUUGCAUUUUGGGUUUUUCUGCGACGUCAAGCAAAAUUUGGAGCCGGCCUCGGCGCAUAAGUUUUUGCGUUCUGCGUCUUGUCGAUCGGGACUAUUUAUACUUUGAUGUUCAAUGGUGAGAUGUAACCUUUUCACGUUUUUGCUUUCAAUUUUUUUUACCUUCUUAAUGGAACAAGGAAGUUUAGAUUCCUAAGGUGAAGACGAUUGCGUAAUUGUUCCUAUAGAGCUUCCAAAUACAGAAGAAACACAUAUGGGAGGGUGAAAACGAAUCGGUACGCUCCCGCCAACAUUUAGUUUUGCAGCUUCUUCUGGUUAUUACCGCCUUUAUUUGACAAACAAGGAUUGGAUGCUGUGGUAACGGUUUGAUUGACGUCGAAGAAAAACCCCAAAUCCUAAAACGUUUUUGACGUAACAUCCUAGUGGUAUCAAGCGUGGAAUCAUUAUGUUAACGUUGGAUCAAUUUUCGUUUCUGGGAAUCUGCCCACCUACCCCUCCCCUAACCCAACAUUUUGCCCUAAGUGAGACGCAAAUGCUAACGUUGAGGUUAAGGGAGGGGUAGGUGGGCAGUUUCCCAGAAACCUAAAUUAAUCAUUAACGUUUGUCCUUUUUGUCACAGUUUCAGGUCCUCGGGCAAGUCAUCAAAGGCAACCAGGACAGUGGGAAGUGGGAACUAAUUUAUCUCCAUCCUCUUGUGUGACAAGUCACGUGAUCGUCCUUAUUAUGCCUCUACUUUGUUACCAAGUCUUUGCACUAUGA